AUGCCGCCCAAGGCGCUGGCCAAGGCGCCGAAGUCCUUCGGCAAGCGCGCAAGUCUCAGGGACCAACUGGAUCGCAUCACUACUGUUGAAGGCGAGGAAGGCAUGCAGCUCCGAUUCGAGAUGAUCGAAGAACUCGAGCAGGAUGUCGAAGCUGCUAAGACCUUCCGUUGGCAUGCUGCUUCGACCCAAAAGCGCCAGGACUAUCACUUGGAGAUGUACAAGUAUUUUUACUUCACGUACAUCAAGAAGGAGAGUUCAGAUGGGUUGUCAGACGACGAAGUCGACCUUGAGCUGUUCCCCGACGAUUACCCCAUCAUGAGUAGGAAUAUGCAGUUAUUCGUCACCUGGGUUUCAAAGAAAGCGAUACCUCGAGCCAAGGCCGCCGGCUCGAUCGACAUGCGCACCCUGUGCCAGUACCGGGACUCGCUACUGUUCUGGUCCAGCCAAAAGCUUCGACAUCGAGGAACGCCAUUUCCGGGACGAGCCCAGCUGUUCAACGACUUGGUGCAGACCAUGCGAUUUGUUCAAAAGCAGUACGGCGAUACAAUUGAAAACAAGCCAAAGACCUAUCUUGGACUGGCCGAGCUUCGUCAACUCCUUGAUCACGAAGCAGUCAACAACCGUUGCAUCGAGCUCUCUGAGGAGCACCAGGUGUUGUGGUGUAUCGGCCGAAUUUCUGCCCUCCGCCCCUCUUCUCUCGCGCCAGAUCCAAAAGUCGGCAGAAGCAAGCCCUUGAAGUGGAAGGACUUCGAAUUCUUCACCACAUCCGUGCCUGGGAAGUUCAGAUCCAUUCUGACUCUGGAUCAUCUUGACAUCAAGCGAUCUUCAGACCCAAUAGUGGCUCAAGAGUCUAGGCCAAGCACAGUGCCUGUGCGCCUCAACAUGCCCUCGCCAGAGCCGCACAACCUCGUCUUCUCCGUUACGCAUCGCCUCCUGGUCAUUGCUCUACGCCGUGGGAUACUCGAAGGCAUUGGAUCUCUCGACGACCUCCUCACGACCAAUCUGAACGAGAUUCGUGUCAAGCGAAAAUAUCUCGACGACACAGUCUUCUACCGAGGAAUCCCGAAAGGCACUGCAGUGGACAUCCCAUACCCACUUGCGGCUCAUUCACUUACGAGCUAUCUUCGUCUUCGUGGGAAACAAAUCGGGUACACUUCCAAUGUUUCUUGGUACAGCAUCCGACGCAGAGCAGCCACUGAUAUGGCCCUCAGGAUCGGACUUGCCGCCACGCGAAUCUUUCUCGGCCAUGCCCCCGACAGCUUUACGCUGGAGCGCCAUUAUCUCAACAUGUCUGAGACCCUCGACAACACGGGAAUCCUUCUUGCGCAGGACAUCCAGCAAGGAGGAGCUUCCACCGAGCAGACCAAGAACUGGAAUGAUCUCGCUCUUGGAAAACUCGACGGUAGUGCUCUCCAGCGCUCCAGAGGCCAGGCACUCGAACAGCUUGUUCGUAGACUAAUUUUGGCCGACGAAGAUCCUCCAGCUGCGGACGCUUCCAACGCCGAUCUUAAGAAUUACCGUCGCAGAGUCCGCACUGUGGCAAGGGAAAUUCUUGUCGAACAAGAAGAGGACUCGCAGAAUUCCCGAAUGACUCGGCAAGAAAUGGAUGAGAGACAGGCACAACUCGAUGCUUCGAACUUUGCGAAGGCAGUGCUUGAACGAGCCCUCAAAGCCAUUCGAGAGGGUCGUGACAAUGAGGUCGAUCUAGACGACGACGGCGCUGAGGCUGUGGCUGAGGCUGAGAUGGCCGCCGCCGCCGCGGUUGACGAAGAGUACGAGGCGGAUCUUGAAGAUACCAUUGCCCAACGUGAAAAGCUGAACCAGCCAAUGGAGCUGGACGAGGCCGGUGCCAUCACGCUCACUCCCGACAACGACGUCGACGCAGAGUCUACAAAUACUAGCGGCAUCCAAGAUGUUGCCUACAUUGAGCUCGCCAGAUCAAUGAUGGAGAUCCUGCUCGAAAACCAGCUUUCAGCCCAUGCAAAUUGGUCCGAGCAAAACCAAACCUGCCCGCUUUGCCAGGAGGAUGAUUCCGUCAUGUUCUCUGACAAGAUGAAGCCUUUCAAGUCCCCCGCAGCGCUUGACGUCCACCUGAAUAGCCACUUCCACCAUCCAUACUCCGAGUGGAAGCGAAAUCAAGUCAAGCAUGACGGCAAGUUCACUUGCGGGUACUGCGUCAGAGCUGAGUUGGAGGAACCUUUUGCGCACGUCUCAAUCACGGACCUUACAAAGCACAUUCUGGAGAGCAAUGAAGACAACACCAGCGACCUUCACGACAAGUACAAGCACGAAGAUGGCUGGUAUACUGAAGAGAUGCAGAAUGCGCUUGAUCUUGGUCCAACCCAGGCGAGCAUCAACAAAUACAGACUCCGCGGAGCGAAGAGGCUGAAGGAGGCUGGCGUCGACACUACACCCCUUCGCCACGUCGAAGGAGUACAGCCGUAUCCUGCAAGCGACAGCCUUGUUCGUGGUUCUCAUCCUCACGGCAGCCUUCCAUCACGCUACGGGCCGUUCGUGCACAGCGAGCCCAUGGAAGUUGCGUUGUCUCAGCGUCAGCCGCUGACCGUUCCACCUCAUCUCGAGUCAGUGUUGCAAACCGGCUUCAACGACCAGCUGUCUGAGCUGCCAGAAGAAAUGAGAGAGGAUGUGGAGAUGACGAAUGCUCCUGCUCGUGCAGAGGCCAGCAUGGAUCUUGACAUGUGA